CCAGGCUCAGAGGAGGCUCGGCCCGCGCGCCUUGGCGGGCCGCGCGGCGGCGCACAGCCCGUCGCCCCAAUGGAGGCGCCGGUGGCGGCGGCGCGGGAGGCGCCUGCGCGGGAGCGGUACGCGCUGGUCGUCUGCGACGUUGUGCCAGACCUGUUGCAGGCGCUGCCCGAGGCCGAGCGACAGUCCCUCCUGGAGAACCUCCGGGAGCUGGUCGGAGCCGCGCGGCAGGCCGGCUGGCUGGUCGCCUUCUCCGGACUCCGGUUCAUGAGGGGAGUCUUGGGGAGAGGGGCCCUGGCUCCAGGGCCCAGCGUCGUCAAUCAAAUUGACCGAGGAUGAAAGGACGGUCCUGGGGAACCCUGUGGGGUCCAGGACUCAUUUCCACCAGGACCCCUCAUGCAAAGGUUCGCCUCUGGCUACGCAGGCUUGCCCCACCGGCACCGCCCAUUCGGCAGCCUUGCGCGUCUCAACUCCAGGCAAGGCGACAGCGCCGUGCACUGGCUGAUGGAGGGCUACGAGGGCUCCGAGAUCGAGCCCUCGCUCGCUCCAGAGACUCAUGAUGUGAUGGCCUGGCGCCAGCGCCUGCGGCCAGGAGGCGAGCUGCUGGAGCCCCUGCGCCAGCGAGGGAUCUCCAAGGUGGCCGUGGCGGGGCUCAAGGCGGGACAGUCCGUGCUCUCGGUCGUCCAGGCCCUCGCGGACGAGGGCCUGCUGGUCUACGUGCCGCGGGAGUGCGUCGCCGACGACGACGCCGGGAGGCGGGCCGCGGUGCUGGAGCACCUGCUGCCGCAGUUCGGGGACGUGCUCGGCUUCGAGGAGUUCAAGCGCUCCAUCGCGGAGGAGAUGAUGAUGGAUGCCUUCGUGGAGACGCGGUCCAUGCAGCCCCCCGCCGGCUGACCGCGCCCUCGGGGCGCUGCCUGCGCGGUGCAGCGGCGCGGGCGGCCACGAGGGGCAGGCGCCUCGGGCGGGCGCCCCGGGCCUUUGGGGCCCCUCGGCG